AAGUACUAAAGUACUAACAGUUCGACCGGAUAAAACUGAACACGAUCGUUGCUGCAACCAGUUGUUGCUUAACUUGUCGAAUAAAAGUUAACGAUGACCUAGCACGCAGUAUUUAACGACUGACGGUUUUGCUAUUUUUUGGGGUUAAAUAAUGAUGUUCUGUACAAUUGGGUUUACCGAUGGAUUUCGUCUGAAAUGUCUUUGUAGGCAAUUUAAUAGUUUUAUGUAAUUUCCACGACUGUUCAUUACCACUGUUUAUCCCGAUCUGUCACUAUUCCGAUUCGUGCCUGUCGGCGAGUUGAGCCAAUUUGCCGAGUUUCGUUGACUCCACGAACGUAACAAAUAAACAUUACAAAGCUUAUUCUUUAUGAUGGCGUUUAGGAGAGGUGUGAGUUCUUCCACUCCUCGGUUGUUGUGUUCAAUUAGGUUAUCAUUUAUUAUAGCAUUUAACAUUCUUUCCUAUCAUUUAAUAUGAUCACUCAGCACUACUGAAUCAUACCUAUACAUUUUCUAAAUACAUACUAUCGUAACAUACAAUAAAAGUUUCAAGUUGCGUGCAUUUAGCUAUCUUGACAUAUUUAUCAACCACCCGACAAUGUAUCUCUCUUGUCAGCUCAUUAAUUAUAAUGCAAAUUGUUUAUUUACCGUGUUGAGUAUAAUAUAUUCACCUUUAUUUUACCUAGAUUUGUUUUCGUUCGGGGCAAACCAAUGCACCAUUCAGCAUGCAGCCCACAUGCCACUAACCUAAUUCAUCACUUUCACGUCAUGUGGUUACGCGCGUGAUGGUGCACGUGCCAAUUUUGUAUAAACAAACACAGAUGUCGCUAGAUUAGUUCAGUAGCAUUAAAUAACCUUUUGUUUAUACUUGUAGUUUAACGAAUCAUUGUGUGGACUCAGUUUUGUGAACUUUGAGAGCAACAAAUUGUGUGCUUCUGAAAAGUUCAAAUUGAAGGAGAUACCCUUGGGGACCUCAAACUCGAAACCUGCAGCAGCAAAAAAGGACUAAUUCUCUUGUGCGGUGUAGCAAAAGAACACUUCUGCCCUGAUAUUGAAAAGAUCUUGAGAAAAGCAGGAGGAUCUGCAAGCGAUGGUAAACAAGGCGGAGUACAAAGUCCUGGUAUCUGAGGACGAUGAUUCAGCAGGGGAAGAGGAAGUGAACCCUAGAUACAGCAGAGAGUUAUCCCACCCAUUAUCCGACUGUAGCAGUGACAGUGAGCACGAUCACAGUGCAGACGACAGACACACUUCUCCUGCAAACAAUGGCAACAACUCCUUGAGAACUCCUGAUUAUAGAUCUCCUGAGAGGGCUGUGAGCAGGCAGGACGCGGACAUCUUAAUUUGUGGGGGUAGUUUCGCGGGGAGAGAGGCUGACUUCGAGCACAACCAUGUUCUAGUUGAAAGACAGAAAGUAUUAGAAGACAAGAAGAGAGAAACAAAAGCCUGGUUUGAGACAUAUUUCAGAGAGCUCCUGAAAACGCCUGUUGGCAAGGAAGAGGAUCUCGAGAUUACGAAGAAGGACUUCCUCAAACUUCUCCACAACAAAGAUGAGUUUGCGGAGCACUCUUUCCGGUUAUUCGAUAGUGACGACUCUGGUGACGUGUCAAUACAGGAGAUACAAGCUGGUCUUAAUAAACUAUCCGAGACGGGUGAGGCGAACAAAAAGACGAUAAAAUGGUUCGUAAACAGAUUGGAAAAGUUCACAAACGGAGAUGUGACCAAAGAAAUAUUUAAAAAAGCUAUAAACCAAACUUUUCUGUCAAAGUUAUUUGAACUGAUGGAUUUUGACAGUGGAGGAACAGUUACUCUCGAAGAGUUCAAGCGAAGUGUUGAUCGUCUUCUGAUGAUGGGAAGUGACGAGAAGAUUCUAGCUUAUCUGGAGAACAUGUUUCACCAACACGCCAAAGACCCUGAAAAUAUUACCUACGAGGAGUUCAAGAAAGUUAUAUACAACAAACAAGAAUACUUUACGAAGAAGAUGUUUAGUAUUUGUGACAAGGACAGGAGCAACUCUAUAUCCUUGCAAGAGUUUUGUGAGUCGCUCGGAAAACUGAUGAAGCAAUCUGACAACGAGGACGAGAUGGCUAAGAUCAACAAGGACAAGUUGCAUUUCCUUUUCAGGAUAUACGACGACGAUGACAGUGGAGAAAUAGAUCGGAGAGAGAUGAGGGAGUGUAUCGAGAUUUGCACCAAGGAGAGCAAUCUAGAUUUAAAGGACGUGCAGGCGUUAGCUGAUACGCUGUUUGACAAAGCAGACGCCGAUAAGAGCGGAGCCAUUUCCUUUGAUGAGUUCUACAAUAUCCUUAAACCUUUCACAAACAACCUCGAAAUAAAUCCUAAAGGAUGGGUGCUCCCUGAGAAACCCAAAAAGUAUUCUGACAAAGUAAAAGAUUUCACCGAUAAAUAUUUCUCGAAGAACUAUCUGAAGAACAACAUAGUCCUGAUAUCUAACAUCUCAGUUUUAAUCCUGCUGUAUAUCAUAGUGUUUGCAGUCGGGGUCAUUUACUACUCAGACACAUACCCUGCGUUAAUGAUAGCAAAGGGAGCAGGAAAGUGUCUGAACCUAACAACUACACUGCUGUUCGUCAGUAUGUGCCGGUGGGUGUUAACCUCUAUAAGGAACACCCCCGCUGGCAAGUUCUUCGCUCUGGACUCCAUAGUUGACAUACACAAGCUACUGGGCUAUGUUUAUGUGACGUUUGCUCUGAUCCACACUGCUGCUCACGUGUUCACAUUCCUUGUUAAUGUGGAUAAGAAUAGAGAUAUCCCUGAUGAUAAGACCAGUCCUGUGAACUAUUCUUUUGUUCUUUCAGCUGGUGGGUAUUUCGGAGGUUCCUAUAUCUCCGGGGUCUUCUUGGAUAUAGUCCUCUGUGUCAUGAUCCCAUUUGCACAGUCUUGUGUGCGACGAAGCGGCAAGUUCUCGCAAUUCUACUGGGUUCAUUUCUUCAGCUACUGGCUGCUGGCUAUUGGUGUCAUACUUCACUGUCAGAAUGCUUGGAAGUGGAUUUUUCUCCCACUUUUUGUUUAUGCGAUGGAGAAAAUCGCGAAUAUGAACUUCAUCAAACGAACACUGUACGGAAAAUUUAGGAUUUUAAACUACAAGGUCUUACCUUCGAACGUGGUAGAAUUACACAUUUCCAGACCUCCAACUUUCAACUUUCACUCCGGAUCCUACGCUUUCCUGACGAUUCCUCUUAUUACGGGAUAUGAAAAACAUCCCUUCACAAUAUCUUCUAGUUCAGAAGACAGGGAAAAGAUAACGUUCCAUAUCAAAAUGAUGCGAGGUUGGACAAAGAAAUUAUACGAGGAGUUAGCAACUGACCAGGAAUACAAGAAAAGAAGGGAGGUAAAGGAGCUGGAGGAGAAGAACGGGAUCGCUGAAAACGGGGAGGCAGUGUUGAAAUUGGAGAGGAGUAUAAAUGAACGGUAUCUGAGUAGAGACUCUGAAAAAUAUGCAUACCUCAAAAACUUUGGACGGCUCCAGAAGAGAGAUCUAGAAUGCUACAUUGAUGGACCAUACGGUACACCUGCUACAGAGAUAUUUGAGAGUGAACAUGCUGUACUGGUUGCUGCUGGAAUAGGGGUCACUCCGUUUGCUUCCAUACUACAGACGAUCGUCGACAAGUACAACCAGAGUGGAUGUUUCUGUUCCAGGUGUAAUCAUUGGAAUGAUCACGGAACGUUCAACAUCAAAAUAAAAAAGUUAGACUUCGUGUGGAUCACGAGGGAUCAGAAGAGUUUACAGUGGUUCCUGGAACUGUUGAAGCGUCUGGAGGAGGUGAUGGACCGGUUCAACGAACACAACCCUGACCACACCGCACAACCUACCAUAUACGACAGAAAGAAGAGUAGGACCCCAGCCAUUAAGGUCAUCAAGGACUCUUCAAAGAAGAACGGUAUUGAGCUGCAAGAACUCGACGUUUCAGUUGACAAAACUGAAAUUGGGCAAAACGGAAACGAGAACGGAAGCACUCCUAAGAAAGUUGAAAAGGAACGGUUCCUGGAUAUUCACAUCUACCUUACAUCCGCUCUUUCGAAGAAAGACUUUAGGGCUGUCGGCCUACAGUACGCCCUGCAACUAAUGAGAGAAGGAAAUCCUGAGGGACAGGACCACAUUACCGGACUCAAAGCUCAGACCAACACGGGACGGCCCGACUGGGACGAAGUGUUCGACAAGAUCGAUGACCCGGAGAAACACAGGAAAGUCACCGUGUUCUUCUGUGGCUCCCCGGUUAUCGAAGAAGUGCUGAAAGAGCAGUGCAACAAACGGAGGUACAGAUUCAAGGCAGAGAAGUUUUGAGGAGUGUGUGUGUGUGUGUGAACUUUGUUUUAAGUGACGACCUUGACGGUUCAGCGGUAGAUAUAUCAGAGAAGAGAGUUAGUUGUGACAGCACGCGGGGUUGUGUGACGUCACGUGAGAGUGUGUGACGUCACGUGAGAUGCAGCACGCGGGGUUGUGUGAUUGAUGUGUCGUUAUGGUUGACGGGAUGUUUUUGGCGGCAGGAGAUUGAAGGUAUUAUAUAGAAAACGAAUCGAAAGAGAUGAGAUGGACGUUACGUAUUUGUGAUGAAACAAUAUUUGUAACAAAUUUGAAUCUCUUUACGUAGAUGCAGUGACGCUUUUAUUUUUUAUAGAUUUUACUUUAGCUGACUUAGAUCGUGUUUGAUUUUAAGAUUUUAUCUAGAAUUUUUAAUUUUGUUAACGUUUAAUCUUUUAACUUUUAGUUCAAUUUACUGACAGCAUUGACUAUUCAGUACUCGUGACCUUGAGGAAUUUACGAAGCAUUGAUUUGUUGCGGAGUAAAUCCAUUACUGUAAAGUGUAUAUCGCAUUAUUUAAAAUUUAUCUAUUUCAAUUCUGUUUGCGAUUGCAAUAUAUUUGAGAGUAAAUCUAUUUCAGUUUCAGAUUUCUUAAUGUUAAUUGAUAUUUGAAACAUUUCGAGCUACUGAUAUACAAUUUCAAUAUACUUCGAAUUUACUUGGAUGACUUGUCGAUGAUGUCUUUGCUCAUA